AUGUCUAUUAAUUUAGGCUGGAUUCAAAGUUCAAGUUGUACGAUCACUCAUAGUAGAGAAUUCUACUGUCUAUUCAACUGUACACUUAUAAAUGAUGACGAUAACAUAAAACCAGUGUACUGUGAAGGGAAUUUUGUACACCCAAUUGUUACUCCUGCAACAAACAUAUCUAGUGCAUAUAAUCUAUUUUCACGUCUCAUUAACUACACUAUUAAUGGACAGUUACAUGUAUAUCAUUUUCGUAGUAUCUGUUGGCAUAUAUUCCUUGGUAUCCUAUCAAAUAAUGUAAAUGAUUGGACAAAACAAUUAAAAACUGAUAAAGAAUAUUUCACUAAAUUGAAUUAUCAAGUUAAUUCUGAUCCACAUAACCAUUUGAAGUUAAAUGAUCAUCCUUUGUCAUAUCACACAACAAGUUCAUGGAAUAAAUAUUUCUAUGCAGUACAAAAGGAUAUUCAGAAAAGUUCCUAG